AUGGGACAAUAUAUAACAACUCACGAUUUUUACCAUUCAUAUACCGAUGAGCCUCAUGCCACUCGACGAAAAGAAAUGUUAAAAAAAUAUCCUGAAAUUAAACAACUCAUGGGUCAUGAUUGGCGCAUGGCAGUUCAAGUAGUUCUAACUGUCCUUAUCCAGAUUAUUGUCUCCAUAUUUGUACGCAAUUCUUCUUGGUUGCAAUUAAUAUUCAUCGCAUAUGUCAUUGGUGGUACAAUAAACCAUACAUUAUCAUUAGCCCUGCAUGAACUAACUCAUAACCUAGCAUUUGGUCAUUCUCGGCCUAUGGCUAAUCGUCUAUUAGGUUUUCUUGCUAAUCUGCCACUGGGCGUACCAGCCUCAAUAACUUUCAAGAAAUAUCAUCUUGACCAUCAUAGAUUCCAAGGUGAUGAAGUAUACGAUACCGAUGUUCCGACACGUCUCGAAGUCUUCCUGUUUUCAACUCGUCCAGGAAAAUUUGUUUUCCUGCUGAUAAUGCCACUUUUAUAUUCAUUUCGACCGAUGUUUAUCUUGCCAAAACCGAUACAUCUUUUGGAAAUCGUCAAUUUAAUUAUUGUAUUAGCGUUCGAUGUCACAAUGUGGUAUCUAUUCGGCGGAAAAACACUGUCAUACUUCUUUCUGAGUACGGCGCUGGGACUUUCACUUCAUCCUAUUUCGGGACACUUCAUCGCGGAACACUAUGUGUUCAAAGAAGGAUACGAAACCUAUUCGUAUUACGGACCGUUGAAUUCCAUUACAUACAAUGUCGGAUAUCAUAACGAACAUCACGAUUUUCCGUAUAUACCCGGUCGAAAUUUGCCGAAACUGAGAAAAAUUGCGCCAGAAUAUUACGAAAAUUUACCGCAUUAUUCAAGUUGGACGAAAGUGCUCUACGAUUUUGUUAUGAAUGACAAUGUCGGCCCGUGGGCACGCGUAGUUCGAGAGACAAAAAUUGGCCGUGUAUCUGUAGUCAGUCAACAAGAGUAUGAAAAACAAAUGAAAAAUGUUGUUAAAGAAGCUCAUCAAGAAUAA